UCAGGUGUGGUUGUAGCAGUCCGAUACUGCUGAAUGAGGACAACGUUGAAACAAAUCGAGGCCGAAGCGAGACCCAAACAGCUGAAAGAACCGAAUUGGAGCUUAGGAUUGUGGCCCAGAGGGUCCCUUGUAGCGUUCUCUGGUUUACCGAGACGUGGGGUGGACGUUAAUUGGGCGAAAUUGGCUUCAGCUGGUGUAAAGAAUGGGGCUGAAAACACAGCGUCCUCGAUGUUUUUUUGACAUAACUGUCAAUAAUCUGUUUGUGGGCAGAGUUGUCUUUGAAUUAUUCUCAGAUGUGUGUCCAAAGACUUGCGAAAACUUUCGUUGUCUCUGUACAGGUGAAAAGGGAGUAGGAAAGAGUACUCAAAAACCUUUACAUUAUAAAGGUUGUUUAUUUCACAGAAUUGUAAAGGAUUUCAUGAUUCAAGGAGGUGAUUUCAGUGAAGGAAAUGGCAGAGGGGGUGAAUCUAUCUAUGGAGGGUUUUUUGAAGAUGAGAGCUUUGAAGUCAAGCACAAUAAGGAGUUCCUGUUGUCUAUGGCUAAUAGAGGAAAAGAUACAAAUGGCUCACAAUUCUUCAUAACUACAAAGCCUGCACCUCAUUUAGAUAGUGUACAUGUGGUCUUUGGUCAAGUUAUUUCAGGACAAGAAUUAAUAAGAGAUGUGGAAAACCAGAAAACAGAUGCAAAUAGUAAACCUUAUGCAGAAGUCCGAAUCUUAAACUGUGGAGAAUUGGUUCCAAAGGCCAAAGCCAAAAAGGACGAAAAGAAGAGAAAAAAAUCUUCUUCGUCCUCUUCAAGUGACUCUGAGAGCUCUUCUGACUCGGAUUCUUCAUCAGAAUCAGAAAGUGAAACAGAUGAAGAUUCUAAGAAGCAGAAAAAGAAACAACAGAAGAAAGAUUCCAAAAAGCGAAAGAAAGAAAAAAAACGAAGAAAGAAAUCAGUAAAGAAAAGCUCAUCAGAUGAAAGUGCAGAAAGUACCACACAGGAGACUGUUGCCACUGUCCGUCCUGAAGAAAUUCCACCUGUACCUGAAAAUAGGUUUCUAAUGAGAAAAAGUCCUCGUAAAAAAGAUGAGAAAGUGAAAGAGAAGAAAAAAGAAAGAGAAAAAGAGAGCAAUGUUUCAAAUUCCCAGAUUUCUACAUAUCAAAGACGACUCUUAGUAACUAGAUCAGGAAGAAAGAUUAAAGGAAGAGGACCUAGGCGUUAUCGAACACCUUCACGAUCAAGGUCUCGGUCAAGAGAUCGAUUCAGGCGCAGUGAAACUCCACCACACUGGAGGCACGAGAUGCAACGGGCUCAAAGAAUGAGGGUUUCUAGCGGAGAGCGUUGGAUAAAAGGAGAUAAGGGUGAGCUGAAUGACAAGAAAGAAAACCAUGAUGAUAGAAGUCCAGGCAGAGGAAAAGAGAGAGUGGCUGCAGACCACAAAUCAGAAAUAUUGGAGAGUCAAGAGAGGAGCAAAGAGAAGGAGAAGAAAACAGACCAAGAUUCCGGCAGGAAUCAUCGAUCCAGAAGUAAAGAAAGGGAACAGAAGAAAACAGACAAAGAUGACAAACUUGAUAAUACCAAGUCUAAAAGGAGAGAUAAAUCGAGGAGCAAAGAAAGAAAUCAAAGCAGAAGCAAAGAUAAAGAAAAGCAAACCAAAGCCAGAAGCAAGGACAGAGAGCAGAAACAAAACAAAGAAAAGAAGGCAAAAUCGAGAAGCAAAGAAAGGGAACAUGCAAAAGGCAAAGAGGGGGACAAACAUGCAAAAUCAAGCAGAGAGCAAGAACGAAAUAAAAGUAAAGAGAGAAGAAAACGUGAAAGAUCCAGAAGUCGAGAACAGAGUAGAAGCAGAGAGAGGGGGAAACGAGCCAGGUCAAAAUCUAGAACUCGUGAUCAAGAACAGAGUAAUAGUAAAGGAAGGGACAAAGGGUCUGAAUCAAAAUCCAGCACUUAUGAUCAAGAACAAAGUAACAACAAGGAAACCCUGAAACCGAGCGAAUCAAGAAGUAAUGAUCGAGAACAAAGUAAAAGUAAGGAGGGACGGAAGCAAGCCAAAUCAAAGUCUAAAAGCCGAGACCGCGAUGAGAGUAAAAGCAAAGAAAGAGCUAAGCGGGCCAAAUCACGAUCUAAAAGUCGAGGAAGAAGUAAGAGUGGAGAUCGAGAAAGACGGGCCAGAUCAAAGUCUAAAAGUAGGGAACGAAGCAAAAGCAGAGAACAAGAAAAAAAGACCAAAUCAAAAUCUAGAAGUCAGGAUCGGGAAGGGAGUAAAAACAAAGACCGAGGGAGAAGGGCCAAAUCCAGAAGCAGGGAUCGGCAGCAUUAUAGAAGUAAAGAUAGAGGAAGGCGAGGAAAAUCUAGAAGUAAAGAUAGGGAAAAAGAGAAAAGCAGAGAGAGAGAAAAGCAUGUAAACUCCAAAGGUAGAGACAGGGAACACAAACACCGAGAAAACUGGACUAAAUCCAGCAGUAAUGGUGAGGAACGCAGCAGGAAUAAAGAUCAAGAAAAGAGAACUCGAAGUAAAGAAAGGAAUAGAAGUCAGAGCAAAGAAUAUCAAAAGAACAGAGAUAAAGAACAGAAAAAAAGAGGGCGGUCGAGGAGCAGAGAUAGAAGAAGCCCUGAAAAGGAUCGGCAUGAUGACUCUAGGAAAGAAGAGAAAUCAAAAAGUUCAGAAGAUAAAAUUAAGGAGAAGGAGUUAAAAAUAGCUGAAAUUGUAAGUACAAAUGGUAAAAAAUUACACAGCAGGGAGCAUGAGAAACUGAAGAGCCAUAGCACAAGCCAGGUUAGGGAUCAAAGCAGUAGUUCUGAGAGUCUGAAAGAGAAUGAGGGGAAAAAUAAGGAGAAGGAACGAAGUAGUAGCCCCAGUUUAAAGAGGAAAAGGGGCGAUAGUAAAAGUGAAAAGAAUGAAGAGAAAUAUGAUAAAAGUAACCAGUCAAACAGCAGGGUAAAAGAUCAGAACCAUGAUAAAAAGCAUUCAAGUUGUGAUUCAGCCCCAAGUUCAGAUGAAGAUAAAAGUGAAUAAAUGUGCUUUACAGAUAAGCAAUCAAUUGCCAAUAAAUGUUUCUGUGAUCUUUAUUUUUCAGAGGCAUGGUUGGGACAUGUCUUUUAAACUUGGAUUUCUGUUGAGUUUGUUUUUUUUUUGACAAUCUGCAGCCCGAUUAUUUGUAUUACUGGACUUUUAAUAAAUUUGUAAAGUGUUGCAAAA